UUUAGUUUGUUGUCUUUGUUGAUUCGCGUUAAAAAGUUAAAAUAAUGGCUGAGGAGAUCGACGACAACGACUUUUACCGCGAAAACUUCAGCGCCGACUCCGAUUGGGAGGUGUUCAACGCUCAGCUGGGCGAAAUCCUGCAGAAAUGGGAUGUGUCAGCGGAGUCCGACGUGGGCCGUGGCCUCAGAGCCGAGGAAAUCUUCCUGUGCAAGUGGAAAAUACAGAGGGAAACUCUGGAUAUGCUGAGGAACGGCAUCGAAGUGGAGUACUAUCAGGCCAUACUGGAGGAGGAGGAGUUGAGUCCCCAAGAGGAGACCAAGGAGACAACCUGCUUGCAGCGCACCAAUUGCCACCACGAUCUGAUGAGCACUGGAAAUAGCUUUGGGCCGCCCAUCAGGAGCUCCCAGGACCUGCACAUUCUUGCCAGAAUCUACGGAUUAAGGCGCUUUAUUGUCCUGCACCCGGUGAAUCCCAAUCUCAACUACAUGAAGUCCACAUCGGAGUUCAACUUCUUCCUGAGCGCUGCUGCCGUGGUUGCCGCAGAAGUUCAAAGUGUAGUUCCCAUCUUUGUGCAGAUCUACGAUCCCAAAUGGAAUUUCUACACGGGCGUGGCCUUAGCUCCUGCCCUGAGGACCAACUUCAGGCUCGUAGGGCUGGAGAAGGCCCCGUCCGAGUGUCGAUUCCUAAUGGGUCUGCUCACCCUGUUCAGGGAAAAGGUGCCCACCUCCUAUUCCCAGGCUGCAAAGAUCUCCGUGUGCACCACCUACGCUCUGGAUACCAUGCGGAUUCGUAUGCCCAUGUAUGUGCCCUUUGAUCAUGGCCUCAGCUCUGAAGACAUAGUCGUUGACGGCGAAGUCUCGCAACUGGAGCUCCAGCAAUUUUUUGCUUUACCACAUGGCUAUACACCUGAAUCCCGCACGGAAAUCUAUCUAGUCUACACCUGGCCAGAGUUAUCCGAACAUGUGGCCUUCGACAGCGAGCAGAGAACUGACUUUGUGCCUUCCAAGGCUCCGCUGGGCAAGGUUUAUCUAUCCGUCGAGGCCUCUUCGUAUCUCUCCUGCUGCCUGAGGGAUUAUCAGUCUGUUGGUGGUGUCACCAGAUCCCUAGAGUCCUAUGUGGGCAGAAAUUUCUCAGGAGUUAGCAGCGGAGCAGAGGCAGGAGCCAAUCCCUUGGAUCGCAUCACCGAACACAAGCUGAAACAGCGCAGGGAACGCAGCUACGAGCUGCCCUCUCAGGCGGGUCUAACCAAGCGCUUGCCGGGUCCCAUGACCGAGAGUGAGUUGAGCGAACUUCUGGCCUAUCUUUUCCCCGAUAUGCAUCCGGAAAUGGCAUUGUAUCCCUAUGCCAAAAAGAGUUUUAAAGACAAGUUUGAUCCCAUGCGCAUUAAGAGCGCUGUUCCCGACUCUUUGGUUUGCCGUUUGAGCUGCCUAUUGGCAACCUGUCAUGCCCACCUGGGCAGUGUUGAGGGCAUGGCCCAAUUGUGGGCAGCAUUUACGAGACAGCUUAGGCUUCUGUGGGAUAACUCCCUCUUGGUGCCAGGAAUUUCCACUGGCUUUCCCGACACGCGCACCUGUCUGCUGCACCAGAAGCUGCAGAUGCUCAACGUUUGUGUGGAACGUCGCGUGCAGCGCGAGGCAAACAGCAAAAGGAAACCCCAGGCGGUGGAGAGAAAAGCCAAUUCCGAGGAGGAAGAUGAAGAAGAGGAUGAUGACGAGGGCGAGUUCUUCGACUGUGAUGAUCUAACGGCAGGGUCUGGUCCGCCUAUAAAACCUGUACUUAGCCUAAAGCCCGAGGGUCGACUGAGGCGUUUAAAUGACGAGAGGUUGCUGGAGGAACCCGAGGAGUAUUUGUAUAUACCCGAGACCCAAGAACCUGUGCCCAAGACAGAGGAUCAGUUGCAGGAUGAUGCCGAGGUCAUGCUGAAACUGGGUCCUGGCUCUGGGCUGACUACACAAAUGAUGUGCACUUCCUUGCUAUCGGAUAUGGAGGCCUUUAAGGCAGCCAAUCCUAGGGGGAUAAUGGAGGACUUUAUACGCUGGUACAGCCCCAAGGAUUGGGAGGAGGUCACAGAUGAAUUGGGUCAGGUGAAACAUCAAUUGAGUGUCAGAAUGACCACAGAGGGCAACACCUGGCAAAAGGUGUGGGAACAGGCUCAAGCUGUGCCUGUAAGCCGGCAAAAGAGACUCUUUGAUGACACCAAUGAGGCAUUGAAAGUGCUUCACUACUUGGAGACGCGGAAAAUGCAUGAGAUUUAUAAUCUGACCAUAGUUCCCCUCCUACACUCGGCCAUACUUAAGCUUAUUGACAUUCUAAGUAAUGCCAAAGUGGAGGACUUGUUUAGCUCUCAGAUUGAGCAACUUUUGACUGACCUCUGCCGCCUUUCGCGCUCUCAUACUGAUGAACUACCUUCCUUGAAGCCCUUGCUAGAUGAUCUGGCUGAGCUAGAACGUCGCUUCUACCAAUUCAAAUGCUUCGAGCGACUCUCGGGAUGUCCCAAAAGGAGCUCUCUCUCCCAAGUUAAGCUACAGUUUGAGGAAAUCCUGCUUAAAGAAAAUUGUUGCACAAUUGUGAAUCGAAGACUGACGGCAGCUGGCGAUGGAACCCUUUAUGAUAUUCUUAUUCCUAAACUGGAGAAGGAUAUGGCCGAUCGAUUGAUAAGCAAGGAUUAUGUCAUCCGACUAGAUGGAGAUACCAAGAGCACAGAGAAGGGCCUGUACUUGGGACCGCAAUUCAUGAGAGCCAUUGUCACGGGCGAGAAGCUAAGGCUUUGUGGGGCUUUCACAGAGAGUACAGCCUUUGUUUAGGAACAUAAUUUAACGGAUUCCCAGACAAAAUGAGAGAUCUUUGACUACAUUUAAAGGAUUCUAUAGAAAAAUCUUCAUAGAAGUUUUUAAGUAAAAAAGUUUAAGUGUUCUAGAAAAGCAUUUGCUUCUCGAAAUUCCACAAUUUGAAUUUAUAAAAUAUAAACAUAUGAUAUUGAAUAACUUAUGCAACUUAAAUUGGUGUUAUUGGUGCUACAUAUUUAUACAAAUAAAACUAAAUUAUAACCAACAACAUUUGGUAUUUCUUGGAACUUUCAACUCCCCUCAUAUAG